AUGCUGACCCUCUAUGCCGCAGCCCUGCUGUUCCUCGGGUACAUCCCCACCGGCCUGUGGAUCAAGUAUCAAGAGUUCAUGGCGAAUCGGCGUGAAUCCAUCCACCAUCUCCACAAGGUCUAUGGUCCUGUGGUUCGCCUCAGUCCCAACGAGGUGUCUUUCGCCAGCUUAGAGGCUAUCAAAGAAACCUAUGCCUCGGGUGGGAGUGGCUAUGGCAAGACCGAGUACUAUGAUCUCUUUCGGCAGUUCAAAGUCAACCCCGGCGGGCUUAAAUCGCUCAACCUCGAACAAGACCUAGAAGUAAUGCAAGAGCUCACGUAUCACCAAAGCCCCCAGAAAAACCUCCUCGGGUACUAUCUGCCCAUGCUAGCCCCAUACUUCCCCCAAUGCCUACAUCCACGGAGUGCGCCCAAGGCAAACCAAUAUGUGCUCGACAUGGCCGCACAAACAAAUCUGGAAGGUUACACCCUCAUGGAAAAGCUGCAGCGCAAGGAGUUGAGUCUGGCCCGCAUGCCAGCAGCCGCUGAAUGCAAGGACCACAUGGCCGCCGGCAUCGACACCACCGGCGCCGGCCUGUGUUUCCUGAUGCGGGAGCUCUCCCAGCCUCAGAAUCUGGUGUUUCAAAAGCGACUGCAACAUGAACUCACCUCGGCACCGGCGGAUUGCACCUCUCGACAGUUUGCUGUACCUCGAUGCCUUGAUCAAGGAGGCGCUGCGCUGCGCUCCGCAUAUACCGAUGUCUCGUAUAGUUGCAAGACUUAG